AUGGAGAACUACCAAAAGAUGGAGAAGAUCGGAGAGGGUACCUACGGUGUUGUGUACAAGGCCCGCGACCUUACCACCAAGGACCAGCGCAUCGUCGCCCUCAAGAAGAUCCGUCUCGAGGCCGAGGACGAGGGUGUUCCCAGUACCGCCAUCCGCGAGAUUUCUCUCCUCAAGGAGAUGAACGACCCGAACAUUGUCCGCCUCCUCAACAUUGUCCACGCCGACGGUCACAAGCUCUACCUGGUCUUCGAGUACCUUGACUUGGAUCUGAAGAAGUACAUGGAGGCUCUGCCUGUCAGCCAGGGUGGUCGUGGCAAGCCGCUGCCGGACGGAUCGCUCCAACACUUGGGUCUGGGUCAGGAAAUGGUCAAGAAGUUCAUGUACCAGCUGGUCCAAGGCAUUCGUUACUGCCAUGCUCACCGUGUCCUUCACCGUGACCUGAAGCCGCAGAACCUGCUCAUCAACCAGGAAGGCAACCUGAAGUUGGCGGAUUUCGGUCUGGCUCGCGCUUUCGGUGUCCCGCUGCGCACCUACACGCACGAGGUCGUCACUCUGUGGUAUCGCGCUCCGGAGAUUCUGCUCGGUGGCCGUCAGUACUCCACUGGCGUCGACAUGUGGUCGGUUGGCUGCAUCUUCGCCGAGAUGUGCACCCGCAAGCCCCUCUUCCCUGGUGACUCUGAGAUUGACGAGAUCUUCAAGAUCUUCCGUGUUCUCGGCACUCCCACGGAGGCAGAGUGGCCCGGCGUCACCUCCUUCCCGGACUUUAAGCCCUCUUUCCCCAAGUGGCACCGCACCGACAUCGCGACCAUCGUCCCGGGCCUCGACGACAACGGUCUCGACCUCCUCGACGCCUUCCUCGUCUAUGACCCCGCUGGCCGCAUUUCGGCCAAGCAAGCCGUCCAACACCCCUACUUCACCGAGGGCACCAACGGCACCUUUUCCCCCACCUCGAAGAACGGCUACCACUAG